AUCGAAAGUGGCGCCCCGCGUGGAAAGUUCGUGGUCGACUGGAACUUCUGGUCGUUGCGACAACUCCUUUCCCAACAUCGACAUCAACAGUACAGCACAACUACCAAAAUGCAACGCCGUCUAGAGUCAACAGGUCGUCGUGCCCACAUUCCUUAUCCCAGUCGUAGGAUUGUGCCAUCGAGGGUCUGGCGCGGCAUCUCGGCACAUCGUCAUUGUCAUUGAGUCAACCAGCGUGGAUAUCGAAUUGAAGGAUGACCUCCACUGUACGCAUCGCGCAGGCUAUAUAGGUCGCGAAUAGCAGGGUGGGGAGGAUGGCAUACAUACGUAUCAACGUCGACCAUCUCAACUCCUUACUUUUGACCGCUUACCAUGCCUGAACAGAAAUCUGAAUUGAACAUCGUCAUGGGCGCCAUGACCUUUGGCGAAGAGGGCAAGGAGCAGGCUCGUGUACAUGACCUUAAAGACGUUGAGGCCAUCCUCGACGUCUUCCAAGCCCAUGGGCAUACGGAGAUCGACACCGCCCGUGGUUAUUGUGGUGGCACGAGCGAGGAGUAUCUCGGCAAGAUCGGAUGGCAGCAGAGAGGCCUGGUGAUGAUGACCAAGCUGUACCCCACCGGUGCGCGUAACAGGUUGGGCUCCGCAGACGCAAUCACGCACAGCGCCGAAGGCGUACGCAAAGGACUGGAAGCAUCUCUCAAGGCCUUGCAGGCGGAUAAGAUCGAUACGUUUUAUUUGCACGGGCCCGAUAGGGGAGUACCGUACGAGGAGACCUUGAAGGCCGUGAACGACCUGCACAAGGAAGGCAAGUUCAAGCGGUUCGGCAUCUCCAAUUACAUGUCAUGGGAAGUAGCGGAGAUGGUCCUCAUUUGCCGCGCAAACGGAUGGAUCCAGCCCACCCUCUACCAAGGGAUCUACAAUGCCAUCCACCGUGCUGUCGAGCCCGAGCUCUUCCCCUGUAUGCGCAAGUUUGGAAUCAGCUUCUACGAGUUCAACCCGCUCGGCGGCGGGUUCUUCACUGGCACGUAUUCCUCCAAAGACCAGUUUGUCGAAGCAGGUUCGCGCUUCGACCCCACAAAAAAUCAGGGUCAGUCCUACCGCAAGCGCUACUGGAACGACACCUAUUUCCAAGCACUCGAACUCGUUAAGGCCGUUGCUGACAAGCACCAGCUGACGAUGGCGGAGGUCGCGCUCAGGUGGGUGUCGCAUCAUAGUCUUAUGAAGAGGGAGUUCGGGGACAGUAUCUUAAUCGGAGCAUCGAGCUUGAAGCAUAUCGAGCAGAACCUCAUCGACCUCGAAAAAGGUCCCCUUCCGGAAGAGGUCUGCAAAGUGCUAGAUGAGGUCUGGGACCUCGUUAAGGCCGUCGCAGCGCCUUACUACCACUAGGAGCGACCUCGGGAACGGAUUAAGACUGCAUCAUGUACUGUAGGACAAAAGUGACCCUGUUUGUGUAGUAGGUAGGGAAGGUUUAAAAGAAAUGCUCAAGAUUGUGACUUUAUUGGGCUGUUUCAACUAUGAUCAUGCUAAGCUUGCUGACAAACGGUGGGGAUUCGGCUAUUACGUGAGUUGGCGAUCGAAUCUGGGGGAUAGUUGGAAAAUCUUCAGUUCGAUUGGCAGGUCAGAUAGUCGAAAUCGAAACCAAUGGGCGGAAGCGAAUCCGUACAGAUGGCGUACAAGCAUCUAGUGGCAUCAUUGUUGACGUAUUUUCGGAAUAGGAUAUCCCUGAUUGCAAUCAAUAUCAUCUCUCACCGGAUGAGAUAGCAAGACUCGCCCGGCUUGAUCCACAGCGACAUCACUCCUCCAAAGAAGUUGAAAGUUGAUGUAAAAUCACCGACGCUAAGUUCAAGUGUGGUGUAUGCUGCCGCCCAGCACUCAAUCCCGUAGCAUAUACCAUGCUCUCAACGUUUGCUCCUCCUGAUGUGAAUGUUGAACAUGCGGGAUCUGAGGGAUCACCUGCGAUCGAUACGGAUUGCUGAUCAACCGCGAAGGUGUACGAGUGCGUGAAUCAGAGGUAGAUCCCUGAUGCGAUAAACUGGAUCUGUGCGAUCGGCCUUUCAAACAGCGUGGUCCUGUAUGGUACUCCGGUACCCCAUGAAGUUGUCGAAUUCCACGCCUUGCUCCCAGUGUACGAUGCGUUCCAUCCUUGCUGUGGUGGGCCAUCACGUUGAGGGUAGUAUGAGGAGACGGCCGAGGACGAGGUGGUUAGAUUGUAUUGAGGCACAGCAGUUGCGUUAUACUGGUCAUGGUUUUGCGUUGAAUCAGGUGUCAACCAGAGAAUCUGCCGAAUCGGAUGAUCGGAAUCAGGUAUCACUUGAUUGCAGGGAGCUUGUAUAGAAUAGCAUCGUCGUCCUUGUGGACCGCCAACCGCGGUGAUUGUUGUCUUUCGUGCUCCGCUUGAGUGGCGGAGAUGGGGCAGAAGUAAAAUAAUCGGAUAAUUAGCUGCGGAUUGAUGGCCAUGCGGGGAUGCGAUGCCACCCUUGUCGUUGGACGUGAACGAUAUCCGUUGGAAAUGAGGGAUAC